AACCUAACUUUUUUUAAAAUCCCGCUCGAAUAAUUAUUGAUCUGAUACUAUAAUACUCUAAACAACUAAUUUAAAGUAAUAAUACCACUUAUAAAUCAAUGGGAAUUAGCGGUUUGUUACCGUUUUUGGAGAAUGCCUCAGAAAAAGCCCACGUUUCAAAAUUUAGGGGCUGCACAGCGGGUAUUGACGCUUAUUGUUGGCUUCACAAAGGUGCAUUUGGUUGUGCUGAAAAACUAGCGAAAGGAGAAGAUACCAAUGGAUAUGUUCUUUAUUGUAUGAAAUACAUAAAGAUGUUACAAUCGUACAAAGUCCGCCCAAUUCUCGUUUUUGAUGGACAACAUUUACCAGCAAAACGCUUAACAGAAGAGAAAAGACGAAAUAAUAGGCGUUCCCUUAAACAUAAAGCUGCAGAAAUGUUACGUUUAGGCAAUGUGUUAGAAGCAAGAAAAUAUCUAAGCCAAUCCAUUGAUGUAACACAUAAAAUGGCUUUAAAUUUAAUUAAAGAAUGUCGUGAAAAGGGGAUUGAUUGUAUUGUUGCGCCUUAUGAAGCUGAUGCACAAUUAGCAUAUUUAAAUAUAUCGAAAAUUGUUGAUUUUGUUAUAUCUGAAGAUUCUGAUCUUACAUUAUUCGGAUGUAAUCAAAUACUCUUUAAAAUGGAUAUCAAUGGAAAUGGUGUUUUGGUAAAUGCAGACAAACUUAAUGAUUGUAUGAAGCUUAGAAGUGAUAAAUUCUCAUUUGAUAAGUUUAGAUAUAUGUGUAUUUUAUCUGGAUGUGAUUACUUGGAUAAUUUACCAGGUGUAGGUCUAAAGAAAGCACUCAAAUUUAUUUCUGUUACUGAAAACCCAAGUAUUUAUAAUGCGUUAUCACAAAUAUCAUCUUAUUUAAAAUUAAGUAAUGUAACAGUUACAGAUGAAUACAGAGAGAAUUUUAUGAUUGCUGAUGCAACAUUUCAAUACCAAAUUAUUUUUGAUCCAAAAGAACGUCGCUUAAAACCUUUAAAUCCAAUUUCGCCCAAUGUUGAUUUAAAGCAUUGUGUAAAUGCUGGAAGUAAAAUUGAUGAUGCUGUUGCAUUUCAACUUUCUUUGGGUAAUUUAGAUCCUUUUACGCACAAACAAGUUGAUGAUUGGGAUCCUGACUCAUCUUCUUUACCUACAUUUAGUAUUUGGUUAAAAAAUAAUAUGUUUCAAACUAUGAUUAAGACCAGUAAAGAUCCUAUAAUAGUAACUCCUAAAAAAAUUAAAAGGAAAGCACCUUUAGAAAAAGAAAUUGUGGUGGAUGAAGAACAUGAAGAAGACAUCAUGGUUAUGUAUAAAAAAAUGGGACCAUUUAAAUCACCAGUUAUUAAAAAAUCGGAAGAUAUAGAUGUGUUAAUUCAUGGCGAAAUCAAAAUGACGAGUGUAAAUCGGUGUUCUAGUGGGUUUAAUAAGAACGGGCCGACUGUUGUUGAUUAUAAAAAUGGGUUAUCAAGUAGAUUUUUUAAGAAAAAUGAUGAAACAAAUAAAAAUGAAAAUAACCAUGAACCGAUGGUUUCUUUAUUAGGAGCUAUUGACAAUUUAAUAAAACGACGUAGCGAUGAAAUAAUCGCUGUUGAUAAAAAUGAGACUAAAGAUGACCAAAAAAUAUCUCCGAUAAUUACAAGAAAAAGACGAAAUGAUUUUGAAAAUGAAUCCAACGUUAAAGAUAACUUGGAUAAGAGAAAAUGCGAAGAGAAAGUACCAACAUCAAAAGUAACACCUAAACAAACUCAACGAGUUGUUUCUAAACGAAUUAUUAAAAAACAAACGUCUAUAUUAACAUUUUUUAGCAAAUAAGUUAUUUGUUUUAAUAGUGUAAAAACUUUUUACACUGAAGAAUUUGAUCUGUUUCUAUCUCAAUGUAAUAAUUUAAUUUUGAUUUUACUUAUUAAAUAAGUGAAUUUUCUUUUUUAUAAAUGAA